GUACAGUUAUUGUGAAUCAGUCGCAGCGUCCUCAUUUAAAAUAAUUCUUCCUAAUUUUUAGUAAAGGAUACAAAAAUUACAUCAAUAAACCAAAACGCGAGACGUGUACGUUAUAAAUAGUUUAUCCCCAAGACAUUUCCGUUAAAAAAAAACUAAAAUUCAAAUUAUAGUUAACUUUUGAAUCUUUUAUCAGCAACGGAUUUCGCGCGCCUGUGCACCAAAAACAUUUUUCAUAUUAAGAAAUUAAUCCUACACAUGAAUUGGAAAUCAAAAUACAAUUUAAUUCAUUUACCAAUUCGGUGGCGUAGUAGCUUUCCAACCUAACUUGUUGCAUAUAAAAGCCUUGUGUCAAAGGACCGGGUAUUUCAUUCAAAUUUGUGACUCUUAACGGUAAACAUAAUAUAAAGGACCGCCAAACAUUAUUUUAUUAUAGUGAAGUGAUCAAGUGUGAUUUUAUAAAUAAAACAGUUGAAAUUGCCGUCGGCAUUCAUCCAUCAAUUCAGCAUCUUUAGUUACAGAACACAAAACACCCAUUCACAAAGGAAAAAAGGGAAAACAGUGACUUUAACAAUGGCAUUUCCAUCAUCAGCAAAUCAUUUUGCAAUGUGCAUUUUUCUGACAUUAAUGUUAUGUCGUGGACUUAAAGCAAGACCUGAAAACAGACUAUAUUAUCCAGAAAUAGAUAUACCACAAUAUAUAAUGGAUGAAACAGAAACAAUGGACGAUGAUAUGUAUGCUGAUAUUAAAAAAUAUCCAGCGAAUAAUCCAACAUUUAUGGCAAAAAGACAAAAUUUAAGAGAUUUUCUUUUACCAAAUUAUGGUGACGAUGAAAUUGUUGGGCCGAAUUUAGAUGAUGAAAUUCCUCAACGUAUACCAACCCCAUUACCAUUGAAGAUAAAUCCUAAAUUUAAAAAUAAGAAAGAUCAUGCCGAAAAGAAGAAUGUCAUUUCUGAGAAAAAAUCUUCAGUACGAAAUUCCUAUAUGCACCCAUGUCACUUUAAAUUAUGUACAAUGGGACGAAAGAGGAACGCCAGAUACUUACAAUAUUAGUUUAUUUGACAUUUCUUAAAUAGUUAAUGUGCAAUUAUGAUCUUAAAACAAAAACAAAUAUUUCACUCUCAAUUUCUUUUACCUACAUUUUUUCAUACAUAUAUAUCUAUCUAUUCCAAAACUUUUACAUUCCAUAGAAUCUAGAAAAAAAUGCAUUUAAAACUUCUCCAAAGCACUUGUAUAAGUACGACAGUUAAAUUAAUAUUCAUAUUAAUAUAAAUUAAAGUUCAAAAUUAUUAAAACAAAAAAAGAUAAUUGAAAUUUAUUUUAAACCAAACCAGAAGUAUUGUUUUUAUUUUAAAGUUAACUAAUUUCUUACUUCAUCGUAGCUAGUCGUGUAGAAUGUAAUAUCCAUCGAAUGUCAUAUGAGUGUCAUGUAUUUUGACAAACAAAAUGUAUUUAUUCAUACUUAUUUAUAUGUAUAUCGUAGUUUUUAUUAUUUUAAGCCAUUUUAUUAUUUAUUUUGUAUUUAUUAUGUGUAGUUUACCGUAAAUUUAUGUUAAUGAAAAAUAAUAAAAUAAAAUUGUAAAGUUACUGUAAAAUUCA